CGCGGUAGAGGGAACCCCGAUCGCUCAACCUGUCUUCUCAUUACCUUCUCAAUAUGUGAGCUCAUCAAUGAAUUCAUCAUUAACAUUAACUUUUAAUAAUUGUUUUUGUUUUAUUUCAUGUUUAAAAUAAAAUACGAAAAAUACCAUGGUUCAGUGAUUGAUCUGUGUGCUUACCAAAAGACUCUUUGAUAUUUUAAAAUAAUUUCAAAAUGAGUUCCAAUCCUGUGACAUCUCCCAUCAAAAACAUACCCUCUUGCUGGGAAGAUGAUAAAAGAAUGACAGCUUUAUAUGCACCAUUUAGAAUAAGAGAGGCUAAUCCUGUAGACUAUGAUUCGAAAAUGAAGUUCUGGGAGAGUAAUAUUGAAAGUUGGUGUCUUGAAAAGAAUAAUUGCAAAUUCAGUAUAAAAAUACUCCAACAAGAAUUCAAACGAAAAGAACGUGUCCCAUUAUGCCUAAACACAGUUAUUGAAAACUUGGAAAGGAUAGGAAACAUUAAGCUAAAGGAAGACAUAUAUAGAAUGAAUCCAGAGGAAUCUUGGACGGAAUGGGCUGUAAAAUGUUUUGUGAAAACUCCAGUAAUAUGGUCUUUUGCUAAACUUAAAACGGCUUUAAUGGAACAAGACAUUGACGAUUUAGAGUACGUUUACAUCACUUAUCUGAAGAAAAAGAGUGAAGAAAUUGUUUUACGGAAAGAACAACAAAACAAAAGUUUGUAUAAUACAGCCGAAUUCCAGAAACUGUUGACAACAUGUGAAGGAAUAGACAUUAACCCUGAAACAUUUGAAAUACUUAUAUUGUGGAUGCAGAUAAAUAAAAUUAUUCAAGUCCAUAAAUUAGAAAACGAUACGCUUUUUAAAUUUAUCGAUGGAAAGAAAAAUAUUUCAAUCACGGAUGUUGAUGUUUCGAUAUAUAUGCUUGAAAAAAAUAAACUGUCUAUCGAAAAAGCUAUAGAAACAUUAGAAGAAGAAAAAGAAGAACUUAUUCAAACAGCGAAAACGUUUUUGAAAAAAGGAAUGAGAGAUACAGCAAAGAGCUACUUAAGGAGAAAAAAGGCUCUUGAGAAAACACUCGAAAAAAGAAUUAACACAUCCGAAAAUAUUGAAAUAUUACUGUCCAGAAUUCAUGAAGUUUCUUCAGAUUCUAAAGUUUUAGAAACUUACAAAAUUGGCCUUAAUGCUUUAAAGGCAACUUUUAAAGAAAAUGGCCUCUCUGAAGAUGACGUGACAAACACUAUUUCUGAAAUACAGGAGAUUAAUGAAAUGCAUGAAGAAAUUCAAACUGCUUUGUCGGAGCCGAUCAGUACACCUCUAGAAAGUGAACUUGAAGAAGAAUUGAAGUCCAUUUUAGAAAGCGUAAAAGAAGUCGAAAAAGAUAUUGUUCUUCCAGAGGUGCCUGCACAUGAACCUAAAGUUGUAAUAAAAGAAAAAGAAGUUGCCCAGCUCGCCCUUUAGCUGAAGUAUCACACUACUCGGAUUUUGUAUAUAUAUGUAUAAUAACUGAAUCGUAUAAACUAAUUUUUCUUUUUUACUAAUAGAUAAAUUUAUUUUCUAAUGAUUUGUGUUAUUAUUGUUGCCAUAAUUAAGACAUUGUUAACUAACUAUUAAUUAGU